AUGGCUGCGAACACGGAAGGUGACGAAGUUUCGCUGCCAGUGGCGAAAACGCUUCGCAGUAUACUGGAGCUGACGGACCCCAGAGAGGCUGCAGAUGCCUUCGCCGCUUUCAUCGGCCUGCACACCCAGCGUAUGGAAGACACAUAUGGGCCACAGAACAAUUGGGGAAAGCUCAAGGAUGAACUGUAUAAAUGGCAACUUAGCCUCGCGGAGGUAUUGGUAGCCACCCUCCAGCAGCGAAUCUUUGAAACGUAUCCACCGCAUGGCUCGGGGGCAACCCACGGCCUUCGGAUACCUCGUCGAAAUGCAUGGCUGCUUUUGUCGCAACUCGUAUACUACGUCUCAAAGCGAGGUCUGUUGAGACCCCAUGCUCGUAGCGUUCUCAGCGCUGUUCGCUACGAGCUCUGGAAGGAAAUGGGAUGGGUCUACUUUGCGGAACUGGCGUACUUUCUUGUUCGUUGGCGGCAGCAGUUCGUUGGGCUGCUCACCACCAGAAUGAGUUCGACUGCUUCUGGUUGUGAUCGCCGCACCAGCUACCCCACCGCUCGUGAUUACGAGGCCUCUCAUGUGAUCGUAGCGGUACUGCCGCAGGUGCUGCGCUACGUUCCCGCACAGACGUGGUCCGCUCUCGGCGCAAGAGCGCCGUACACUGGGACACAGUCGGGACAAAUUGAUCUUCAACAGAAUGCAGUUCCGGCAACGCGAGAGGCGCUGCUCAGUUGUUUCGUUGCGCAUACGGCUUGGCGACAUCCGGAACGCCUCGUAGAAGCCACGCUUGUUCCGAAUCAAUGGAGAGAUAUGGUAACGCAUGCUUGGCUCGAUGAAAUUCUCCUUCGGGAGCAAGCUAUUUUGCGGCCGUGGAUGAUGCCUGCAAUCACGGCCAUGGAAGACGAUAAGACUGCCCUUGAGGACGCUGUUCUACGCGAAACGAAUCGAGAGCAGUUUGAGGUGGACGCUUUGCGGGCGCUGGCCAGCUUACGUAUCUGCCGUGAGUUGUUUGUGCCAGGACCUUUGCAUUGCCCUCCGCUAGAUAUGACGUUGGCGCCCAGGGUCACCUCGGAGACAGGAUCUGGCCUCCGAGAGCUGCGUGUAUGGAAAGCGAUCUUCCUCGAGAGGGCCUCAUCGCUCGAUGAGGAACGGGUUCCACGCUGUCUUCGAGUCGACGGAGGAGCCGCAGCUCGCCUCGUUGAUGUCAUUCAUGGAGCAUCUCUUUCGCCCCUGGAGGCAGACACCAUCCUGGACCGCCUCAUCGACGCUGAUGAAACCCUGAUUCACCGGCUUCACUUGAGUCCGGAGGAUCUUCUGCGCUUCCACGAGAAUCACAGCGUUCGGCAUACAGCCCGGAUCUUGCAACACCUGGUUGAUACGUGCACCAACCGCUUGCCAGAAUAUAUGGACGCAUUCACGUUGCUUCCGGUAACGAUUUCGAAUCUGUCUCUUGUUCACGCAGUAGAUCGGGAACUCUUCUUUCGGCUGUACACAAGCCGAGUUUGUGCUCAAGGACGCACACUGGUCUCGUGGAAUGACACGGCUUCGGAGCGCGUCGCUGAGCUCUUCGCGACCUUUGUUCUACGCAUGCUCGAUGAACGUCCCACCUGGAUAACGAAUGAGAUCUCCGUAGAACUUGAAGCCUGGGCACUUUGUGCAUCCAGGGUGAUGCGCCCUGUGGAACUUUAUCGUUGCCUUCGGCGACGACGUUUAAGUCCCAGUGCACGCCCACAAACAAGCACGGCGGUAGCAGCGUCUGGCGAGUACAUCUCGUUCCAGUUGCUAUCGUCGGAUGCACAGUAG